AUGUGGAUUUAUGGAACCAUUUCCGAAUCCCUUCUGAAAUCGGUGCUCAAGACGAAGUGCACUGCCUCGGAACUCUGGACGACGAUCGAGAAUCUUUUUCGCGACAACAAAGAAGCUCGUGCAAUCCAACUUGAAAACGAGCUACGACAGCUUCAGAUCGGAGACCUCUCUGUCCAUGACUACUGUCAGAAGUUGAAGACCCUCUCCGAUCUACUUGCCAAUGUGAAUUCUCCGAUCACAAACAGGGUUUUGGUCAUGCAUCUCCUGAACGGAGUAAGCUCCAAAUUUGAUAACAUCCUCAAUGUUAUUAAGCAUCGUUCUCCGGCAUGUACGUUCAGCGAAGCUCGUUCGAUGCUCAAAGAUGAGGCCCGCUUAACACAAAGCGUCAGAUCUCAUCUCCAUCUCACGACAACGCCUCCUCCCCGCAAAUCCUCAUGGCUUCCUCUGCGUCACCAAGUAAUCACGUGA